GGGGUGCAGCAGGAGCUGGGAGGGGACAUACCAAGGACAGCUGACCCCAACUGGCCAAAAGGGUAUUCCGUACCACCUGACGUCAUGCUAAACAAUCUAUAGGGGUGGCUAGCCGGGGUGGGGAGGCCGGCUGCUCAGUGAUAGGCUGGACAUUGGUCAGUGGGUGGUAAGCAUCUGCAUUGUGCAACACUUGUUUGUACACACUGUUAGUAGUAGUACUAUUAUUAUAGUUGUUGUUAUUAUUAUUUUCCUGUCUUAAUAAACUGCUUUUAUCUGAAUCCACAGGCUUCACUUCACGGUUCUCUCCGUGAUCCCAGAGAAGGAGGGUGGAGAAUAAGCAAAUGGCUGUGUGGUGUUUAGCUGCCAGCCCGGUUAAAACACAACAUCUCCGAAAAGGCGGACCUCUUCAAGUACUCAUUUCCAUACUCCCCUCCCUAUAGCUCCUCCACAUUGCGUCUGUGCAAUGUAGCCUGGUGGUCGUGGGAAGGGGUCUUUAAGGAUGAAGGCAAAGAGGAAGAGGAGGUCAAACUUUUUACCUUUCUGGACUUUGACCUUCUGUUGGACAGUAUUGAGGAGGUUUUUGCUUAACUUUGCCUUGCUUCCUGCCAACAAGUUUUUUGUCCUUCCCUAACGACUUUUUGUCCUUCCCUCAUCCCUUGGCUUUGAGCGAUAUCUUACUUUUAACAUCUGCUUCUCGUAAGGUUCUCAUCUACAUCCCCAAUAAUCAGGAUAUUUUACCAUACAUGUAGCUAAAUAUUAAUUCAGAUCAGUUUUAGAGUAUUCCGCAUCUCAGUGGCAGGCAUGCAGAACUCCCCAGACACUUGUCCCCACUGCUCCAGGGCCAGAGCUCCUCCUAGACGAUUAUUGCAAACAGGAUGCAGGAAAAGGCUUGGGAAGUUGGGCGUAGCCCUGUGCUUCCUGCAGCAUAGCUGGGUGCUGUGAGGGACCUCGCUCUUUUUGUGGGGCUCCCUUGGAGAAGAACACCUGCGGGGGCCAUCUGCCCCCUGGGAAACCUCUCUCUCCGAUGGGGCUCCCCUGGGACUGUGGCUGCCCCAGUCUCACCAGGCAUGCCAGGGGCCUCCUGACUUCCCUCAUCACUCUGCUCCUCCUCCAGCUGGGCUCAGCCCAGCUCAGAGUGGUGGGACCAGGACACCCUCUCACUGCCACCGUGGGGCAGGAUGUCGUGCUGCCCUGCCACUUGUCUCCUCAACGCGAUGCUCGCAGCUUGGACGUCAGAUGGAUCCGGGAUGAGUUCUCUGAGACAGUGCACCACUAUUGCAAUGGCGAGGACCUGUACGGGGAGCAGAUGGAGGCAUAUGCCGGGAGGACAGAGUUGGUCAGGGAUGGUCUCUCUGCUGGAAGCCUGGACUUGCGAAUCAUGGGGCUGAGACCCUCUGAUGAUGGCCAGUACACCUGCACUGUGGAAGAAGCUCAUGCUUACAAGGAAGUCAUUGUGGAGCUGGAGGUGUCAGCCACAGGCGCUGACCCCCACCUCUCCCUGGGGGGCUACGAGGCCGGAGGCGUCCGGGUGCUGUGUCGAUCGGCCGGCUGGUACCCGCUGCCGCAACUGCUGUGGAGGGAUGCUCGCGGGCAGCACCUGUCCUCGGUCUCCCAGACGCAUUCCCAGGACCAGGAGGGGCUCUUUGAAAUCGAAGGUGCCGUCAUCAUGACCGGGAGCGUGGAGGGGCCCUUGUCCUGCGUGGUCAGGAGCAGCCGCCUCCAGCAGGAGCAGGAAUCAUCCCUGCACAUCGCAGCUCCCUUCUUCCACAACGCCCAGCCCUUCAUAGUGGCUCUGGCUCUGGUCCUCGUGCUUUUGGCUGUGUCCAUUGGCCUCGGUGUUUAUCUCUUUCAAAAGCAAGCGGCACAGAGGCGAGAGCUGGUGAACAGAGUUGCAAAGCUGGAGGAACAACCUGCAGAAAUCGUGGAAAAAGAUGCAAGACUGGCGGAAUUGGCUGCCAAAGUGGAGGAACAAGCUGCAGAGCUGGUGAGAAAAGAUGCAGUGAUCGCGGAAAAAGCUGCAGAGCUGGUGAGAAAAGAUGCAACUAUGGCGGAACAAGCUGCAGAGCUGGCAUGGAGAAGGUGUCUGCUGCCUCAAAAUAGAGUGAAGGUGACCCUGGAUCCGGACACGGCUCAUCCCCAGUUUGUCCUGUCUCAGGACAACAGCAGUGUGAGAUGGGAAGAAAUACCACUUCAGGUUCCUGACACACCAGAGAGAUUUCAGGAGAGUUUAUGCAUGCUGGGCCGUGAGGAGUUCAGAGAGGGGAGGCACUGCUGGUUGGUGGAGGUGGAGGGGGAUCAGCUAAAGAAUUCUUGGUGGGCUGUGGGGGUGGCCAGGGCUUCUGUGGAGAGGAAGGGGAAGAUCAACAUGAGCCCUACAGCAGGGAUCUGGGCUGUGGAGUACUAUUAUGAACAUCUCAAGUCUCUCACAUCUCCUCCCACUUACUUGUCCCUGUCCCCUGUCCCCACGAGGAUCUGGGUCUGUCUGGACUGUACCCAGGGGCAGGUGUCUUUCAUCAACGCUGACAAUGGGGUCGAGAUCUUCACUUUCACAGCAGCCUCCUUCAAUGGGGAGAGCAUCCGCCCCUGGUUCAUGAUGCAGAAACGGGGAGUUCAGCUGUGCCUGAGGGACAGAACCCUGUAAACCCUGUUCCCAGCCCUGAGGACCUCCUGCCCUUCUCCAGACACUCCUGCAUCACCCCUCCUUGGUCCUGCAGGACCAGCACAGGAAUGAGGGGCAGUGGGGCCAGGGGCUGCCCCAUGUUCCUCCCUGCUGCUGGAGGAGGGCUGGGAUGCUGCAAGCAGGGGACAGACCCCUUGCAGCCCCUGGGCUCUGCCCUGCACGCGGCUCCUGUGCUGGGGCACAAGCCCUGCUGGCACGCACGGGUCUCACCCUGCCUCUGAGCCCCAGCGGGCAGCACAGGGGCUGCAGCAGCUCUCCACGCUCCUCUCCCCUCUGCUUGCACUGCUUGCAGACCCCAAGGCAAGGGAUGUGGUCACUGUGUGCUGCCGGCCAUUGCAGGCCACCUUUGCCUCCUAGUUCGGGAUUGAUCUGUUCUCUGUGCCUGGUGCUGAGCAUGAGCAGCCUGUGGGGGCUCUUUGUUCCUUCCUCUGGAUCACAUCAAGGCCCAGCAGCAGCAGGACUGUGUCAAAUAAAGU